AUGUUACCACCACCAGUGACUGCUGAUAAAGCCGCUCGAAAAGGAGCUUCGGCUGCUUUACCACUAGCUGCCAUUUGCUGUCUUUGUGUACUAUUUUUCUUACUUGCUGCAACAAUUAUUUUAGCUCUCAUUCCAGUCUAUCUCCCGAAGAAAGACCUAUCAAAUCUUCCUUCAACAAAAACAAAAUAUAUUAUAUUAAAUCCACAACAAUAUGUUCCAGCAUAUGGUACAGCAUCAUCAAGUGCAUGUAAUGCAAUAGCUAGCAAGAUGGCAAGUGCAAUUGGUUAUCCAUCAGGUUCUAUUACUUCAUCUUCAUGUUCAUUUGCUGUAGGAUCAAGACGACGUCGACGAUCUAAAUGGCUGAGUCGUAGUCGUCGUCAAAGUCGAAGUGGAAAACUUUUUAUGCAAGCAGUAAUAAACUAUGAUAAAUGUCAACGUUGUCGUUUAUCAUCAUAUUUAAAAAAAUUACUUGGUAUAACAUUUACAGCAGAUUUUAUUUAUUAUGGUUCUCGUAGUGUAACUUUUACUGUAGCAAGUAUAAGUGAUACACCUUUCGGUAGUCUAUCUACUGAUGCUACAACAACAACAACAACUACUACUACUACUUCUACUACUACAACUUGA